AUGCCUAGUGAGCAAUUUCAAGAACAACAACGACAACAACAACAACAAUAUCAACAACAAUUAGAAAGAGAAAGACAAGAAAAAGAACAAAAUGAGAAAGAAUCACUCAUUUCAAAUUUAGUAAGCCUAAUUAUUGAAAUUCAACAAUUAGGUGGUAAUGAAUAUAAUUCACAAAAUCAUCCAAUCAAUUUAAGUAAAGAUUCAAUAGUAGAUGAUAAAAAUAAUAAAAAAGAUUUAGACACAACAUCAGUCACAAAUAAUAAUAAACAACAACAACAACAAAAUAAAACUACACAUAAAAUACAACAAAAAUAUGAAUUAUAUAUAUCACGAAUUAGAUCAAUAUUACCAGAAUUAAUAAAUUCACAUUUAGUAUCAACUGCAAGUAUAAGUGAUAUAAAUCAAAUUGUAAAAUUAAUUAGUUAUUUAAUUGAGAAAAUUCCAAAUAGUAGUUUAGCAAUUGGCGAUAGUAGUGGUGAUAUUUGCUUUUUCUUAUUCAAAUUGAUACCUUUUCUCUCACAUAAAUCAUCAACAAACAUUUGUAGUCAACAACAUCAACAAUUGGAUGAGAAUGAAGAAUUUACAGAGAAUUUAAUCACUGCAAUAAAAGCAAUGUUAAACUUCUUAAAUGAUGAUGCAAAUGUUUUAUUAUUAUUUUUUAAAGAAACAAUUUGUUUAUUUAAAGAUUGCAUUGAUUUUAUUAAAUGUUUAAAUAGUAGUAAUAAUCAACAAGAACAAGAAAAAUCAAUAUUUCCAAUGGUAUUAAAAACAUAUUGUGAAUUAUCGAGUUCAGUAAUUAUAAAUUCAAAUACAACAGGUAAUACAAGUAGUUAUUCAAAACAUUAUCAAUCUUUAGAUUUAUUAGUACAAACUGAAAUGGCAUUUAAUCAAUAUUCUAAAAAUAACAACAAUAAUAAUAAUAAUAAUAAUAAUAGUGAAAAAGAUAAGAAUAUUGAAAAAGAAAAGAGUAAUAGUAAUGAUGAUAAUAGUAAAUCAAUUGAUGAAGGUGUUAUUAUUGUAAUAUCAUCUAUUAAUCGUUUAAUUAAUCUUCAAUAUGGUUUAUUAGUAUCGAUUAGUAGUGUCAUUGAUAAUUUUUCACCAAUUUUAUAUUCAGUAUCAAUUGACCUUUGGGAUGUUUUAUCACAAUAUCUAUUUUUAUUAAAUGAUUUAAAACUUUCUUCAUUUAAAUAUAUGGCAAAUUUUAUUUAUUCUUUAUUAGUUUUAUUUGAAAAAUUAUUAAAAUUAUCAUCAAAUCAAAUACCUGCAUUAUUAUAUAAUAAUAUUGUUGGUCAAUUUUUUAAUGUUUUAUUACCAAUGAGUAUGUUACUCAAUGAUAAGGAUUGUUCAAAGAGAAGGGAAGAGAUUGACAUAAAAUUAACCUCAAUCAUACCAUUAUUAUUUUCAAAUGUACCAAGUUCAACAUUAUUUGAUUUCUCUUCAAUCAUUUUACCAAAUAUUUUAUUUAUUAUUAAUAAUACAAAUUUAACAGAAUUAAAGGUUUCAAUUUUAGAUAUUUAUUUAAAUAUAUUAAAAUUAUCAGAAUUACAAUUUAAAUCUAUUUAUAAUUUAGUACCUUUAUUUGGUGAUGAAGGUAUUCAUGAUAAAUUAUAUCAAUGUUUUGAUUAUGUUAUUAAUCAAUCCUAUUUAAUUGAUACUGAUGAUGAUGAUGAUGAUACUGAUAUUGAUAUAUCAUUAGAGAUUUUAAAUACAUUAAUUGAUUAUUCAAAUUGUUUAAAUAUUUCAAAUAUUUAUGAAAGUAUAUCAACAGUUACAAAUUCAGUAAAGGAUAAGAAUAUAGAUAAUAAUACUGAAAAUAUUGAAAAAGAUGAUGGUGAUGGUGGUGCUGGUGGUACUAGUGAAAAUGUUAAUAAUAAACAAAUUGAAAAUCAAAAAAGUAUUACAGAAGAUUCUAAACAACAACAACAACAACAACAACAACAACCAACAAUAGAACAACAAAAAUCAAUUAGAAUUUAUUUAAAAGCACUUCAUCUCAUUUUUAAAAUUUGUAAAAAUCAUCAUAAUAGAGUUUCAGUAAAAGAAUUAGUUAAUUUAUUCAUAAAUAAUUUAAAUUUUAUUUAUGAUUUAAUAAUUCAACAAAAAGAACUUGAUAAUUUAUUUUUAGAGGUUUUAAUGGAUUUAUUAAAAUUAUCAAGUACUGUAGAGAUUGAAUAUUUACAUAGAAUUUCAACAUUAAAAUCAAAUGAACAAUUAUUAGAAUCAUUAUUUAAAUUAUCAACAAUCGUAACAAAUCAUUCAACAAUAUUUAAUUUAACAAAGUAUGCUGAAAUAAUUAAUUCAAUUAAAGUGAUCUCUUUCUCUUUAGUUUGUUGGUUACCAUGCUCAUAUUAUGUUAAUGAAAGAGUUGAUAUUGUUUUAUCAACUUUAUCAUUAAAUAAAUCAUUGGUGAACUCAACAACAACAACAACAACAACAACAACAACAACAACAACAACAACAACAACAACUGCUACUACAAACACAACAACAACUACAGCUACAACAACAGAUAAAAGUUCAAGUCAACAAAAUGUUGGUGAAUCAAAUAAAAAUAAUCCAACUAUCGUAUCAAGUAGUCCGAUUUUAGUUAAUAUAUCAAGUGAUACAUCAUCUUCAAUGGGUGAUUCACAAGCUAUAAGUGCUAGUCAACAACAACAACGUAAUAAUAAUAAUAAUAAUAAGGGCGAAAAAUAUUUAUCAAAAUUAGAUCAAAAUUAUUUAAUUAAUGUUAUAAAAUUAUUGCCAGUAUUCAUUUCAAAUAUGUCACCAGUUAAUUCUUUAGCAACCAUUUCAACCAAUCAUCAAUAUCAAAUCAUGUGUAAUGACAUUAUAAAGAGAUUAGAGUCAAUAAUAGAUUUAAAUGUUACAAGUUUAAUUUUAGAUAUGGUUGGUGUAAUUGGUGGUAGUUUAUAUUGUUUGAAGGAAGGUUAUUGUUUCUUUGAGAAUCUAAAUAGAUGUACUUACUUAAACAAUAACAACAACAAUAACAACAACAACAACAACAACAACAACAACAACAACAACAACAAUAAUAAUAUUCAAGAACAAAAUAACCUUAUAAUAAUAAAUAACUCUAUUCUGCUCCAAAGAUUUACUGAUACUAAAAAUAAUAGAAUUAAAAUCGACCCAUUACUAUCAAAUUAUAAUAAUUUAGUUGGUUGUGGUAUUUUUGAAGGUGUUUGGUUACCAUUAUGUUCUUGUAAAUGUGUUACAGUUUCAUCAGUAUUAAAUACAAAUAUUGUUGAUUUAAAUUUAAAACCUUAUAGACCAAUUCAUAAAUCACCACCAUCAAACAAUAAUAAUAAUAAUAAUGAAAAAGAUGAAACAAUAAUGGAUAUUGAUAAAACGAAUAAUAAUGAACAAAUUUUAAUUUUAGAAUCAAAAUAUAAAGAGAAUAUUUUAUUUUCAAAAUUAUUUUUGGAAUAUCAUGACGGUCAAAAUUCCGAUUUGGAUAAUGAUACUUCAAUGAUGACUAGUGGUGGUGGUGAUGGUGAUCAUGAUUCUUCGAUAAAAUAUUUUUAUUUGGGAUUCACAUUUAAAAAUAUUUUAAUUCAUAAUUCACCAUUACCAUCAACAUCGAUUGAAGGUUUCUUUAAAUUUUAUUUAAAUCUUUUAUCGGCAAAUAGAAAUGAUAUCAUUAGAAAAUCAGUUAUAAAGAUUAUAAUUUCAAUGUUAAAAUUUAAUUAUCAAACUAAUCCAGAUGUUUUAACAAAUUUCUUUUAUCAAUUACAUCCACUUUAUUCAAAUAAAAGUGAAAGGGAGGAUAUUUUAUUUUCAAUUUUAUAUUUAUUAAAAAAAAUUGCAAAUUUAAUAAUUCAAUCACAAAAAGAUCAAUAUAUUUUAAAUAAUUCAUUAAAUAAUAAUAAUAAUAAUAAUAAUAAUAAUAAUGUUCAACAAUUAUCAUCUUCAAGUUCAUCACAUAAUAAUCAACUAAAUAAUAAUAAUACAACGACAACAAAUAAUGAUUCAAUAACAUGGCAAGAUAAAAUUUAUUCAAAUGAUUUUAUUUUAAUUAUAUUUUGUACUUUAAUUGAAAAUUUAUCAAGACAAACAACAAUUAAAGUUAAUUCAAUUGAAACCAUUGAAUUUAUUGCAAAGAAAUUAAAUCAAACACCAAAAACUUUAAUGAUGACAAAUAUGGCACAAUAUAUAAAUCCAAGAAUUAUUGAAAAUCUUUAUACAAAUAGACAAUCAUUGGUGGAAUUAUGUAGAUACUUUUUAGGGAUAGGGUUGAAUCAAUUUUUAAUUUCAUCUUUACCAACUGUUAUACCAGUAUUAAUUUUCAAGAGUUCAAAUAAUAUUUUAAAUUGUUUAAAAGAUGAAUUAAAAGAUUUAAAAGAACUUUGUGGUCAAGAUUAUUUAAUGGGAUUAAUAUUUGAAUAUAUUUUCAUUCAUGCUACCAGUGUGGAGAAUUUAACAAGUUGCAUUAUAUGCUUUUGUCGUUUUGCAGAUUUCAAUCAAGAUGCAGUGGUUUCAAAUUUACCAAAAUCAUUUAUCAAUUCGCUUAUAUUGAAUUUGGCCAAUGGUGAUGGUCAACAAGCAAAGAAAGCUUUAGAUUAUGUUAGUCAAUUCGUUGGUGGUGAUAUGACAUUUGACAAAUUCUUAAUUAAGGAAUUUUUAGGAUCAAUGAAUUUCUUUACCAUGAUAAUGACAAAUAAACAAAAGAGUACUCAAGAAAAGUUAACAAUGAUGACCAGUUUUCAUCGUUUAUUGGGUUUAAUGGGUCAAUCUGUGGAUUUAUUCAGACCAAAGAUUAUGGCAUUCUUAAGAUUAGCAAUUAAAACGCCAAUGGAGGAGAUUGCAAUCGAUGCUUGGUUUACUUUUAUUCAAUUAUUAAAAUUAGAUAGUAUUGGUCCAAUAUUAAAUCAAAUUGUAUUCUCAAUUUUACCAUUUGUACAAUCAUAUCCAGAGAAAUCUUUAUUAAUUUUCGAUUAUUUAAUUAUAAAGAAUCGUACUAUUUUAAAACCUUAUUUUAAAACUAUUCCUUUCCUACCAAAGGAAUAUACAGUCUUAAAACCUUACAUUCAAGAGUUAGAAUCUAGUUCAGCAAAUUUAACUACUCAAAUUAAACAAUUGAUGGAAUUAUUCUCAAAUGAAUCGAUUGAAGUUAAACUUAUGUCAACCAAUAAAUUAAAAGAAUUAUUAUCAGCCAAUAAAUCUAUAAUUCAUGAAAUGAUUCAAUUAGAUUCUGAUCCAAUUUUAAUAAAUGAUUUGGUUAAAUCUUUAUUAAUUGGUUGUAGAGAUCCAUACUUAAAGUUAAGUGUAAAUUUCUUAACAUGUCUUGGUGAAUUGGGUGCAAUUGAUCCUGUGAAAUUAGAUUUUAGUCUUAGAAAUCAAUCAACCGCUGAAAAGGAUAAAGUUCAAAUCGCUGCAGAAUUAAUUGAGAAAUAUUUAGCAAAGUUUGUUCUUUCACCAAGUAAUCCAACUCCACAAGAUAGAGCAGGUUAUGCAAUUCAAGAGAUUUUAAAAUGUUGUCAAGAUACAAAAUUAUCAGAGAAAUUAUCAAAUGAAUGUAAUGAUAUAAUUAAACCAUAUUAUUCUUCAGAAUAUAUGUUACCUUUAUUUUCAAAAAAGAAUAAUAAUUUAGUUGGUGGUGGUGGUGGUAAUGGUAAUGGUGGUGGUAAUGGUGUUAGUUCAUCUGGUUCAUCAUCAUGUUUUUAUGGUUCAAAUAUGACUUAUAAAAAAUGGAUAACAAGUUGGUUAUCUGAUUUAUUAUUUAAAACUAAAGGUUCACCAGGUUCAGCAAAUAAUGAUUUAGAUUCAAUAUUUAUGGCAUGUCGUGGUAUUAUAAAGGAUGAUUUAAAGAUUUGUCAUUAUCUUUUACCAUUGGUAAUUUUAAAUAUCAUUGAAUAUGGUAGAGAGAGUGAUAUUCAAUCAAUAAAGAAUGAAAUUUUAGAGGUAUUAAAUAAUAAUACAGAUCUUAGUACUGAUAAUGGUCAAAUUUGUACUCAAAUCAUUUUUCAUGUAAUCAAUAGUCUAAACAAUUGGAUCGAUGUUAGAAAGAGAAAAUAUUUUCUAACUCAACAACAAAGAACAGCCUCUCAAAAAGGAAAAUCAAAAAAGUUGGAAUCUCCACCAGAUGUUGUCGUAAUUGAACGUUUCUUAAAUGGUAUUCCAGAGAAAAUUUUAGCUUUUGCUUCCUAUAGAUGUGGUGCAUUAUCUACAUCAUUAAGUUAUAUGGAAUCAUUAAUUAGAAAUGAAACUAGUCAAAUAUUAAAACAACAACAACAACAACAUCAAUUAAAUCUACAAUUAAAUAUGCAACAACAAAAUUUACAAUAUCAACAACAACUUCAACAACAACAACCACAACAACAACAACAACAACAACAACAACAACAACAACAACAAGUUCAACAACAACAAAUUCCAAUAUUAAAUUCAUCACAACCAGCUUCAAUGGCAAGUGCUAGAGAAUUAGCAUUAAAUAAUAAUUUACAAUUAUUACAAAAGAUUUAUCAUGAAAUGGAUGAUAUUGAUGGUUUAAUAGGUUUAUCUCAUAAGAGAGUUGGUUCACCAUCGAAUGAAGAAAAGAUAGUUGAAUUGGAAAGUCAAGGAUUUUGGGGUGAUGCAUUACUUUAUUAUAAUACUGCAUUGGAAAGAUCACCAAUUAAUAUGGAUCUUAGAAUUGGAGCACUCAAUUGUCUAUUCAAUUUAGGUCAACAUGAAUCAUUAUUACUUCAAAUUGAAGGUUUAAAACAAGAACCAUGGUUAACUAAUAAAGAUCAAUCUAAACUUGGUACCAUUAAAAUUCAAUCAUCUUGGAGAUUAUCACAUUGGGAUAAAAUUGAUGAAACAUUAUCUCAAACACAUGAACCAAAUUUUGAAGCAUAUUUGGGUAGAAUUUUAUAUUCAUUGGUUAAAAAACAAGAAAAAGAAUUUAAUUCAAACCUAUUCCAAUGUAGAUCAUUUUUAGCUCAACUUUUAAAUGGUUCAGCUUUAGAUUCUUAUCAAAGAUGUUAUCCUUACUUAAUUCAAGCACAUAUCCUUGAAGAAAUUGAACAAAGUUAUAAAUUAAUUCAUUAUAAUGUAAUUCCAAUUGAAAAUGUUACAAUUACAAAUAAUAAUAAUAAUAUUGGUAAUAAUAACAAUAGUAAUAAUAAUAAUGUUCAAAAACAACAAAUGUUAAAGAAAUUAUUAUCUGAAUGGGAUGAUAGAUUAAAAAUUAUUCAACCAUCAUUUAAACUUAGAGAAAGUAUUCUUAGUGUUCGUAGAGAGAUCUUAGAGAUUGGUUCAUUCUCGAAAGAAGUUAUUGAUUGUUGGAUGAAAAUUGGAAAGUAUGCAAGACAUGAUAAAAAGUUUGAACUCUCUUUAAAUGCAAUUUUAAAACCAACACCAUCACAACAAGAUAAAUUCUAUUUCAUUGAACAUGCAAAAUUAAUGUGGAAUCAAGGUCAUAGUUUUGAAGCAAUUAAUAUUUUAACUCAAGAAUUAAAAAAUAAAUGGAAUCCAAUAAUUAAUAGUAAUAAUAACAGUAGUAAUAAUAGUAGUAGUAAUAUUAAUAUUAAUAAUGGUAGUAAAUUAUCAUUAUUAGGUUUACCACAAGAAGAUUUAUUUAUAAUUUCAAAAACUCAUUUAUUAAUUGCAAGAUGGAAACAACAAUGUGGUAUUACUCAUCAUUCAGAGCUAACUGAACAUUAUUCAAGUGCAACAGCUUUUGAAUGGGAGAAAGGUUUCUUUUUCCUAGGUAGAUAUUAUGAUUCACUUUUAUCAAAUCUUAAGAGGGUUAAUCAAAAUUCACCAAAUUCACCUCCAUUAGAUAGUGUUUCCUAUGUCGAUUAUACUAGAAAUAUCAUUUCAUCCUAUGGUCAAGCGGUUAUAUUAGGCCAUUCUUAUAUUUAUCAAACAUUAACUAGAAUUAUAGCAUUAUGGUGUGAACUUGGUGUAAUAUUUAGUGAUUUUAAAAUUCCAGAGAAAUCAACAAAAGUUACCUCUGAUUCAUUGGAAUCCAUAAAGAAAGCAAUGUCAAAACUAGAGUUGGAUGUACCUGCCUCAAAUUGGUUAAUGUUUUUAUCACAGGUUGCCUCAAGAAUCUGUCAUAAAAACACUGAUACAUGGUUAAUAUUGGAAAAAAUCAUUAUAAGGACAAUGAUAGAGUUUCCAAAACAAUCGAUUUGGAUCAUGAUGAUGCAAUAUCGUUCCAGUUCAUCCAUUAGAAAACAAAGAGCACGUACUUGUUUAGAAAAAGCCAGAAAAACUGAUGCAAUCAAAAAGAAUCAAGAUGAAACCAUUCUAUUGUGUGCACAAUUGCUCGCAGUUUCAAAUCAUCCAAAGAAAGCCAAUAAAAGAUAUAGUAUAAAAAUGUCUGAAAUCUUUAAGAAACUCUAUGAAAUGAAAGAUCUAACCGUUAUCUUACCACUUCAAUCCUCUUUAAAUGUUAGUUUACCACCAAAUGGUAAACCUGAUAAAUCCUAUCCAGCAUUUGGUUCAUUACCUUUGAUUGGUUCAUUCGAAGAUCAAAUCGAUAUUAUGCCAUCCCUUCAAGGCCCAAAGAAAAUCAAUGUUAACGAUCGUCAAGGUAAUAGAUACAGUUUCCUCCUCAAACCAAAUGAUGACCUUAGAAAAGAUCAACGUGUUAUGGAAUUCAAUACAAUGGUCAAUAAGCUCAUAAAGAAGGAUCCAGCUUGUAGAAAACGUAAUCUAAAGAUUAGAACUUACACUGUAAUUCCAUUCAACGAAGAGAGUGGUAUCAUUGAAUGGGUUUCAAAUACUGCCACCUUACGUUCCAUUCUUGGUGGUAUUUAUGAAACUAUGGAUACUAUAGGCAUCGAUAGAUUUAAUCAAAUGGUAAACGCUAAAAAGGAGAAACAUUAUCUAGAUCUCUUUGAAGAUUUCAAUAGAUUCUUCCCACCAGUACUACAUAAACAUUUCAUUACAAAUUUCCCUGAGCCUUCUGCUUGGUUAGAUGCAAGAGAUGCAUUUGCUCGAUCUUGUGCCAUCAUGUCAAUGGUUGGUAGUGUAUUGGGUUUGGGUGAUCGUCAUACUGAAAAUAUUCUAUUGGAUUCAAUUACUGGUGAAUGUGUUCAUAUCGAUUACAAUUGCUUGUUUUGGAAAGGUGAAACUUUUACUGUUCCAGAGAGAGUACCAUUCCGUUUAACUCGUAAUAUGGUAGAUGUUUUCGGAGUUUUAGGUGUUGAAGGUACAUUCAAAACAGUUUGUGAAAAUACAUUAAGAGUUCUUAGAUCAAAUAAAGAGGUUUUACUUCGUGUUUUGGAAAACUUUAUCUAUGAUCCUUUUCUUAUAUUAUUUGACAAGAAAAAUCAAAACUCUAAUAAUAAUAAUAAUACUCAUUUUGGUGAAGUUGAAAAUGAUCAAGCAGUUGAAAUUUUAAAAAGAAUUAGUGCAACAUUACAAGGCAUUCCAACAGUUGGUUUACAACUUUCAAUUGAAGGUCAAGUUAAUCAUUUAAUUCAAGAAGCUACUAAUCCAAAACAUUUAUGUAAUAUGUAUGUUGGUUGGUGUAGUUGGUAUUAA